AUGAGAAACUACUUCCGCGCAACAAAGGAGUCAAUUCCAACCGCUCCUGGCAAUGGAGAGGCAGAAACUCUCAUUGUGAGGCUGGAUGAAGGUCGUAGACGGCUAGGCACUUUGUCGGCCAUAGGUUUAAUUUGCAAUAAAAUUGUCGGAACGGGUAUAUUUGUUGUCACGUCCAAUAUGUACAGGCUUACCGGGUCAGUUGGCCUAACUUUGAUUUUAUGGGUUAUAGGUGCCACCUUUGCCAUGGCUGGAUUAUAUGUUUACAUGGAAUACGGUACUGCUAUGCCGCGUAAUGGAGGCGAGAAGAACUAUUUGGAGUUUGUAUUCAAAAGACCAAAAUUCUUUGUAACGUCACUGUACGCUGCCCACAUUGUGCUGCAUGGGUCAUCGGUUGCUACUUCUGUUUUUGGCGCGCAGAUGGUGCUUGUAGCGCUGAACGCGCAGAUCACUAGUUGGAGUAUGCGGGGGCUGGCUAUUGCUAUUCUGUUUUUCUUGAGCGUAGUCAACGGAGUAAGCGUCAAGACAGGGUUAUAUAUCCAAAACACGUUGGGAUCGUUUAAAAUUCUCAUAAUCACAGUCAUGUCGAUUAUAGGAUUUGUUGCUCUUGCCGGAGGUAUCAAAAACGCUGCUGGUACAGCAAACUUUAAAAACGCAUUUGAAGGUUCUGGCGACGUGAAUAUUUAUGAAAUCGUGACUGCGUUGUAUAAUGUUUUCUGGGCGUUUGCUGGGUAUGGGAGCGUGAACUAUGCUUUGGGGGAGGUUCAAAAUCCUAUCAGGACGCUAAAAAUAGCCGGUCCGUUAUCGCUGGUGCUUUUGACGGUUCUGUACAUGCUUGUUAACAUAGCGUACUUUGCGGUUAUCCCAAAAGAUGUCAUACGUAAUUCGGAACUCCAGAUUGCGGUUGAUUUUUUUGGCAUUGCAUUUGGGUUUAAUGCUAGACGGUUUUCAGCGGCUAUUAUUGCACUGAGCGCAAUAGGCAAUAUGAGUAGCUCCGUUUUCAUGCAAGCGAGAAUCAUCCAACAGCUAGGCAGGGAGGGCGUGUUACCUUUCUCUAACUUUUUUGCGUCUUCGCGGCCUUUUAAUUCUCCAAUGGUGGGAUUGAUGGAGAACUUUAUUGCAUGCACUAUUACCAUCAUUAUACCGCCAUCGGGAGAUGUAUAUAAUUUGAUGUUAAACUUAGGCGGGUACCCAAUGAACAUCAUAAAUACGGCAAUCAGUGGAGGACUUCUGUGGACUUACUGGCAGCACAGGAAGGGUAGAAUUCAUUGGAACCCCCCUAUUAAAGCAGGGGUUGUUAUUACGACAUUUUUCCUGGUCGGCAGCAUAUAUAUGGUCAUUGCCCCAUAUGUUCCUCCAUCGGACGGGGGAAAUAUCUAUCACUCUAUACCUUACUGGACUCACUGCGUUUUAGCGUGGGGCAUUUUUGCCAUAGGAGGGAUUUAUUGGUGUUUCUGGACUCGCGUGUUGCCUAGGUACGGGAACUAUAAGUUGACUUAUGCAGAAGUACUUGGAGAGGACGGGUUUUGGAGGAACAAUAUCGUAAAGGUAUACAAAGACGAAACUCGUCCUGCAGCAAACUAUAACAGUGAAACAAACUCCAAUAUCUCCACUCAAGGGAAGGGUGGAUCAGAAGAGUACAUAAAAUAG